CUGGGAACUCAGCCUUUCUUGUGACUAGGGUAAAUAUUACCUGACACUGUUAAUAUUUAAUGCCCCCCACCUCUGCCCUGGUCGCCCCACGGCAGACACUAUCCCCGUAGUGGAGGCCACAGGAAGAUCGUGGAGAAGCCCUGGUGGCUGGGGAAAUGACAGAGCUGUCAGCUAACAAUGGUGGCAGUGCCAAGGGGACGGAGAAUCCCUUCGAGUAUGACUAUGAAACCGUCCGCAAAGGAGGCCUGAUCUUCGCGGGCCUUGCCUUCGUCGUGGGACUCCUCAUCCUCCUCAGCAAAAGAUUCCGCUGUGGGGGCAGUAAGAAGCAUAGGCAGGUCAAUGAAGAUGAGCUGUGACGGAAGAGCCGGCAGUGCCACCAGUGCAUGGGCACCAGUGAUGCCCACCUUCCCCAGCCAGGUACCACGGACCCCACCAUGGUCAGCACUGGCUGAAGGAAGUGCCAGGCUUACUGGGACCCCCUCAUGGUCAUCCCUCGUGCCUCUAGAUCCUUAACCUCCUCUCUCCCCUCCCCAACCUCUCUUACACCCCACUCCCUAUUCCAAGUUGGGGUACGUGUGCAAUCUCAUUGCCCUGGUUUUCAAUGAAUCGCUCUACAAGAAUCUGCCAAC